AUGUCUAAACAUAAAGAAUACACAGUUACAUUAAUUUCUUCAGGCCUAAUAGUGGACGCUCUACAUUAUGGGCCUUUUUGUCAUAAUUGGUGGAUUUCUAGACCUUCUGAAAAACGCGAAAAUCCAAUAUUUCUUUACCCUAUUAGAUUACGUAUGAAAACUCUAGUUAAUUUAAAAGACUGGAACUUUAUUAUUGAGGUUGUUGAAACCUUUUCAAAUUAUGGUCAAAUACCUGGAUAUAUUUGCAAAUGUAAUGGUAUUCAAAGUGAACUCUGCGAAUCACUUACAGCUGCAGUUAAUAGCAUUUAUAAAGAGAUCUUUCAGACAAAUGCCAAAUAUUCGGGGUCUGCAGUAAUGGAAUUUGACAUACCAAUUAUUUCUGAAGCAUUACUAAAGGAUUUACCAUUUCGUGCUUUCCUAUUUCCUUUAGAAAAAUUAAAUAUAUGGGUAUUGGGAAUUGGAAAAUUUAAUAAUAAUGAAUGGAAUUUUGCUGGAACUAGAUAUAAGACUUCUUUUAUAUACACAUAUCGAAAAAAAAGAUGUGUCUUUGUCCAGGAAUUAGAGGAUGAUUAUUGUCAGGUCACAAUAUACUUAGGAAAUGAAAUAUGUAAUAUUUAUGUUGAUAAUAAUCCAGAAUUGGUAUGGAAAGAAGUUGCAAUUUUACUACAAUAUGAAGGAAAAGAAUUGUUUGGGUUGGAAAAUAACAAAAUACAACAAUUGGUUUUGUCAACGCCUAGUUGUACAUUAGAAGAAUGGAAUGAUGAUGACGUGAUGAGAAGAAUGUAUUCACAUCAUCUUAGACGACAAAUUCCAGCAAUUAUCAACUGA